AUGAGAAAAAUAGGUAUAGCAAGGAGCCCGUGUCGAGCUCGUAAAGCUACACCACCAGAAAUGCUACUACUUCGAAACCGCCUCUUCACUCUCUCAUCGCUUCCCUCUCUAACUCAACACGCCAAAAACCAUUUUCCGUUAACCUUCUCUUUCAAUUACUCGACCCGAGAACCUCCUAACCGAAACCCUUCCGGCCAUGUCUCUGCUUCAAAGACAUCGAAACCACCUCCACUCUCUGACGUGGCCCGGUUUGUCCGUACAGUUCUCUUUGUGCCACCCGGAGUUGACCCGGAUAAAGUGACGGAGGAGAUUAUUUUGCCCGGCUCGAAUAUCGUUGUUGGACCUUAUGCGGGUCAUUCUCAGAUUAAGGAAGUUGAGUUUGUAAAAAGCAGUGGAAGGGCCAAGGAUUGUCCGAGAGAUGAUCGACCUGAGUUUGCAAUUUUGGGUCGGUCCAAUGUGGGAAAGUCUUCACUUAUUAAUGUUCUUGCUAGGAAGAAAGAAGUUGCUCUCACUUCGAAAAAACCAGGGAAGACCCAGUUGAUAAAUCAUUUCUUGGUGAAUAAAAGUUGGUACCUUGUGGAUUUGCCUGGUUAUGGGUUUGCUAAAGCCCCAGAUUCUGCUCGAAUGGAUUGGUCGUCGUUUACAAAAGGCUACUUUUUAAACAGAGAAACUCUGGUAGCUGUCCUACUUCUCAUUGAUGCUAGCGUCCCUCCUCAAAAGAUUGACCUGGAUUGUGCUAAUUGGCUUGGACGCAACAAUAUACCAAUGACAUUAGUUUUCACUAAGUGUGACAAAAUGAAGGGGGGAAAGAGAACAAGGCCUGAUGAGAAUAUCAAGAAUUUUCAAGAGUUAAUGAGGCAAAACUAUCGGGAACAUCCUGCAUGGAUCAUGACUAGUAGUGUCACUGGUUUGGGCAGAGAUGAGCUUCUCCUACACAUGUCCCAGCUAAGAAACUACUGGGAUCAAUAAAUUGAAAACAAAUGUUAAGUGUUGUGUAGAAAUUUUCUUCCUUUUUUUUUUUUUUUGUAUUCUCAUUACUUGUCGAUUUUGCGAAUCAAAGUUAUGAUAAAAAUAUAAGUAGGACCCGUAACAUGCACUUGUGUUGGAUGUAACAUUCUUCAUAUGUACAUAGAUGAGUGAAGUCUUAUUGUUUUCCUUAAGAUCUUAUCAA